AUGGAACCACAAACCCAACAACCAACCAAGGAUGGAGGAAGCAACAAAGCAGCCGGGAGUAGUGCUAACAUGCUUUGCAGGUGGAGCAGUACCAGGUGGACUCCCACUACAGAUCAGAUAAGAAUCCUCAAUGAGCUUUUCUACAACAAGGUAGUUAGGUCCCUAACAGCAAAGCAGAUUCAGAGGAUCUGUCUCCAACUGAAAUGGUACGGAAAUAUCAAGAGCAGGAACGUCUAUUAUUGGUUCGGGAACCACAGAGCUCAGGAGAAACAGAAGAAGAAGAUCACUUCGGAUGUUCAUGUGCCCAUGCAAAGAUCAUGGCUUGUUGGUAAUGGUAAUGGUACUAAUUGGAAACCUGAGGAUCAGUAUAUUAACUUCGGAUCUUCUGCAUCUGCUUCUGCUUCUUCAGCUUGUGUGAUGAUUGCUUUUAACAGGAAGAUGGGAAACUAUGGUGGUUAUGGAUCUAUGAACACGGAGAUUGAAACACUUCCUCUGUUCCCCAUUCAUGAAACUGUCUACGACUCCUCCGAGUAA